AUGACUUCCACAGGAGUAAAAAAACGGAACAGCCAGUUCUUUGCAACCGUCCUGAUCCAAGAUGAGGGCGAGCCAGAGCAGGAUGUCGCGGACGCAGGAAGGUCUGAUGCCCAUCUGCCCAUCAUGUCCGCGCCACAGAGCGACGACACCUCUCCAGCUAUUAUGGGCUUCCUUCACACUGGCAUUGCUCCUGCCCAGAUCCACCCGCACCCUCUAGCGGACCGGACAAGGGAUAAGGAGAAAGGGCGUAUGGAGGGCAGUGGUUAUGUGUCCCUUUAUAGCAACAGUCUGCCUGGUUACGUGCCGUAUCGGAGCUCUCCCCUGAGUACAGAAAUAACCCAGUUCCAGCCACAGCCUCAGGAGGGUCGGGCAAGGGAUAAGGGGAAAGGGCGCAUGGAUGACGUGCCGCCUCAGAGCGACAGCCUCCUUGACGCGCCACAAGCCCGGGAACCCACGAGCCUCGGAAGAUUUCUCGUCCUGCCAUGCGGAGAGUACCAGACGGUACGUUACCUCGUUCAUCUACCAUGGCCCAGCCCGGACGAUCCUAUUGUCCAGCGUGAGAUCCUGCACUUAUGUCGGUUGAAGAAGAACAUAGUACAGGUCGAGGUGAUGCUGCGCACAGCACACCUGAGCGUACAAGAUCAGAAGCCGGCAAUUCUGCACGCUCUUGGGGGGAUUGAUGGUGCGCUGAACGAGAAUCCGUAUGAGGGCACGUGGAGGAAGUAUCGGCAUCAUAUAAAACUCAUUGACCUCCUGUCUGACCCUGGUGCGAUUGGGGGUAACUUGACUGCGCUGGCUAUUCUCAUUCCAGCGGGGUUCAGCUGGAUCGAGGGGCACGAGACGUCGCUGGCGACGGGCGACUCGAUGCAGGCUACUGUGGCGGGGGUGAUGGAGAGGGUGCCGGAGCUUCGUCAGCUUAGUCUUGAGCUGAUUCCGUAUGGAGUCUGGUUGAUGGGGGAGUCGGAAGGGCCUCCGCCUUCACUAUUGAAGGGUGUAGAGGUGUUUUAG